AUGGCCAUGAUGCUGCUAGCGCGCAACCUGCGCUCCGGCCUCCGCCCGCCGCUCGCCGCCGCAGCCGCGGCGUUCUCAUCGGCCCCCGCGGCUUCGGCGGCCGCUGCGGAGGCGGAGCGGGCGAUACGGGACGGGCCGCGGAAUGAUUGGAGCCGGCCCGAGAUCCAGGCCGUCUACGACUCCCCGCUCCUCGACCUCCUCUUCCACGGGGCUCAGGUCCACAGAAAUACCCAUAAAUUCAGAGAAGUGCAGCAGUGCACACUUCUUUCAAUCAAGACUGGUGGGUGCAGUGAAGAUUGUUCUUAUUGCCCUCAGUCAUCAAGAUACGACACUGGAUUGAAGGCCCAAAAAUUGAUGAACAAAGAUGCUGUCUUAGAAGCAGCAAAAAAGGCAAAAGAGGCUGGGAGCACCCGUUUUUGCAUGGGAGCUGCAUGGAGAGAAACCAUCGGCAGGAAAACAAACUUCAACCAGAUUCUUGAAUAUGUCAAGGAAAUUAGGGGUAUGCGCAUGGAGGUCUGUUGCACACUGGGCAUGAUAGAGAAACAACAAGCUGAAGAACUCAAGAAGGCUGGACUUACAGCAUAUAAUCAUAACCUAGAUACAUCAAGAGAGUACUAUCCUAACAUUAUUACCACAAGAUCAUAUGAUGAUAGACUGCAGACUCUUCAGCAUGUUCGUGAAGCUGGAAUAAGCAUCUGCUCAGGUGGAAUCAUUGGUCUUGGUGAAGCAGUGGAGGACCGGGUGGGGUUGUUGCAUACACUAGCCACCUUGCCUACACACCCAGAGAGUGUUCCUAUUAAUGCAUUGGUUGCUGUAAAAGGCACACCUCUUGAGGACCAGAAGCCUGUAGAGAUCUGGGAAAUGAUCCGCAUGAUCGCCACUGCUCGGAUCGUGAUGCCAAAGGCCAUGGUGAGGCUUUCAGCAGGCCGAGUACGGUUCUCCAUGCCAGAACAAGCGCUCUGCUUCCUUGCCGGUGCCAACUCCAUCUUUGCCGGCGAGAAACUUCUCACAACCGCAAAUAACGACUUCGACGCGGACCAGGCAAUGUUCAAGAUCCUUGGCCUAAUCCCCAAGGCUCCAAGCUUUGGCGAGGAAGAGGCGGUGACUCCUGCAGACACCGAGAGGUCUGAGCAAGCUGCUUCGAUGUAG